AUGCCCAUCACAGUCAUUUUAGGCUCCCAAUGGGGAGAUGAAGGCAAAGGAAAACUCACCGACAUCCUGGCCCCCGAGGCACAACUCUGUGCCCGAGCUGCUGGCGGUCAUAAUGCAGGUCAUUCGAUUGUAGCGAACGGUGUCUCGUACAGCUUCCACUUGCUUCCGUCUGGUCUCAUUAACCCCAAUUGCAUCAACUUCAUCGGCUCUGGUGUCGUCUUUCACGUACCGAGUUUCUUUAAGGAACUGCAACAGCUCGAGGAGAAGGGCCUCACCACCGUUCAUGACCGAAUUUUCGUAUCUGACCGGGUCCACAUCGAUUUGGACCUACACGUCGCCGCUGAUGGACUCGAGGAGGCGGAACUCGGAGCAAACAGAAUUGGCACCACAUUGAAAGGCAUUGGUACGACGUACAGCGCCAAGGCUGCGCGCCGUGGAAUUAGACUGGCUGAGGUCUUCCACCCCGAGCUCUUUGAGACCAAGCUCCGAAGAUUGGCCAAUGGUUACCGCCAGCGUUACGGCGACCUCUUUGUCUACGAUGUGGAGGAGGAGCUCGCUCGUUUCAAGGAGUACCGAGAGAAGCUGGCCAAGUACACCGUCGACGGCGUGACCUUUAUGCGGUCAGCGCAGGAGUCGAACAAAAACAUCGUGGUCGAGGGCGCCAACGCGCUGAUGCUCGACAUCGACUACGGGUCUUACCCGUUCGUCACCUCGUCCAACACCACCCUGGCCGGCAUCCUGGGCGGCCUCGCGCUGAACCCCAAGAACGUGACGGACAUCAUCGGCGUCGUCAAGGCGUACACCACGCGCGUCGGUCAGGGCGCCUUCAAGACGGAGGAGACGGGCGAGGUCGGCAACAAGUUACAGGAGAUUGGCCGCGAGUGGGGCACCACGACCGGCCGCCGGCGCCGGUGCGGGUGGCUCGACCUCGUCGUGGUCAAUUACAGCACGGCCAUCAACUUCUACACGGCGCUCAACCUCACCAAGCUCGACGUCCUGGACACGUUCGAGACGAUCAAGGUCGCCGUCGCGUACAAGGUGGACGGCCAGGAGCUCAAGUCGUACCCGGCGGACCUGGACAUCCUGGACCGCGCCGAGGUCGUCUACCACGAGAUGCCCGGCUGGCAGGAGCCGACGACCAAUGCGAAGACCUUUGAGGAGCUUCCGGCCCGCGCCAGGGAGUACGUCGAGUACAUUGAGAAGUACGUGGGCGUCAAGGUGCGAUGGAUCGGCACCGGCCCGGACCGCGAGGCCAUGAUCACGCGCGAUUAA